AUGACGAAGAGAGUUCUCUACCACAUCUGGAGCACGGUUUCACUUCGAAGUUGCCACCCGGCUAUUUGACGCACGGUCUGCCAACGGUGAAAGAUGUAGCACCGGCCAUAACACCGCUGGAGCAAAAGAAAGAGCAGGAGGAGAAAAAGGAGAUUAAGGAACUUUCUGAGGAGCAAAAGCAGAUGAUCAUACUUACCGAUGAAUUCCAACAUUUCAUGCUACGCGCCGGACGCAUCGUUGAGCGCGCACUCUCCGAAAGUGUUGACAUUUACACGGAUUACAUUGGCGCCGGCGACAAUGAGGAUACGAACGACGAAAAAACACACGCACGAUUGUCAUUGAAUCGGGUUUUCUACGACGAACGUUGGUCGAAGAAUCGUUGCAUCACCUGCAUGGAUUGGUCAACACACUUCCCUGAAUUGGUAGCCGCCUCGUAUCACAACAACGAGGAGAGCCCCAACGAACCCGACGGUGUUGUUAUGGUGUGGAAUACAAAAUACAAGAAGCAUACACCUGAAGAUAUUUUCCACUGUCAAAGCGCUGUGAUGUCAACAUGUUUUGCUAAAUUCAAUCCCAAUUUAAUAUUAGGCGGUACAUACUCGGGUCAGAUAGUGCUUUGGGAUAAUCGUGUGCAAAAACGCACACCCAUGCAACGAACACCACUAAGCGCCGCCGCACAUACACAUCCAGUCUAUUGCCUGCAAGUUGUUGGCACACAAAAUGCUCACAAUGUCAUCUCUAUCUCUUCGGAUGGCAAGCUGUGCUCUUGGAGUUUGGAUAUGUUAUCGCAUCCACAGGACACUUUGGAGUUGCAACAGCAACGUCCGUCGAAAUCGAUUGCAGUCACUUGUAUGGCAUUUCCGGCGAAUGAGAUUAACAAUUUGGUGAUGGGCAGUGAGGAUGGUUAUGUGUACUCAGCUUGUCGUCAUGGUUCGCGCACUGGCGUAAAUGAAGUCUUCGAAAAACACCUGGGGCCGGUAACAGGAAUCUCCACGCACUACAACCAAUCGUCGCCUGACUUUGGACAUCUCUUCCUAACUUCCUCCAUCGAUUGGACUAUUAAACUCUGGUCUAUGAAGGACACUAAACCCUUAUACUCAUUCGAGGAUAAUUCAGACUAUGUCAUGGAUGUCGCAUGGUCGCCCAUUCAUCCCGCACUGUUUGCUGCUGUCGAUGGUAGCGGUCGUCUUGAUUUAUGGAAUCUAAAUCAAGAUACUGAAGUACCCACAGCAUCUGUUAUGGUUGGUGGUGCGCCAGCACUUAAUCGUGUAUCGUGGACACCGUCUGGGCUGCAUGUGACCAUCGGCGAUGAUACAGGCAAACUGUAUGUUUACGAUGUCACUGACCAUUUGGCGCAGCCGUCACGUGAUGAAUGGUCGCGUUUCAAUGCGACACUCAAUGAGCUCAAAAUGAAUCAAAGCGAUGAUGUUUAAGUCAAAACAAAGCAAAACAAAAAAUGCAUUCACAAUUGCGUGGAAUUAUGCUAAAUAUAUUGAUUAAAAAAAGACUUAAUUGAUACCUUACUAUUAUGGCGACUUAAUAUGUAUGUGAAACAACAGAAAUAUUAUCUGUGUUGUCAAAGGAAAGGUCUUGAAAAAUUCAUUUAAUGAAUUGUGCACAUAUAAUUUGUAUCUAUUCCUCUGUAUCUACAUACAACACUAAGUUAAAAGAUUUUUACAAACAAAAAAAAAUUAAAAACAUUUAAUGCUUUUUUAAUGUAAAAUGCUCGCGCUUGUUUUUAAGUAAGAAGUGCUUGAGUAUUAAGUAUUAAUUAAUUUAAAUUUUCUUAUUAUUUUUCAAUAAAAUUGUUCUUUAGUAGUAUUAUCCACUUAUAAAUUUUUUCAAAAUUUUAUGCAGCGUUUUAUAUGUAUUUAUUUAAUUAAAAAUUCUUCGUUUUCAAAACAAUACUGAACUAAAAGCAGGAAAGAGAGAAUGUUUUAUAGGCAGCUUAAGAAAGUGAGCGCAAAUAAAUACUAAAGUAAAACUAAUAUGAAUAUUUACGUAUAUAUAAAGUAUAAAGAUUUAUUGAAAAACUAUAUAUAAAUAUAAAUCAAGAAAAUUUAUGCC